AUGUCUGUACUUGGUUUGGCACUUCCUCGCUUAUCUUUAUCUGCUUAUUGUUGUGGUGAGUUUAAACAAGUUAAUUUGGAAGAUUAUUUGGGACAAACGUUGAUUUUAGUCUUCUAUCCUUUGGAUUUUACCUUUGUUUGUCCGACUGAGAUCAUUGGAUUUAGUAAAGCUAGAUCUGAAUUUAGUAAGGUAGGGGCUGAAGUUUUGUUGGUUUCUUGUGAUAGUGUUUAUUCCCAUAAGGCUUGGGCUGAGAGGAAAGAUGGUGGUAUUUAUGGGCAUGGUCUGCCUAUGUUAUCUGAUUGUAAUGGUGGCUUAUCUCGAGCUUUUGGGAUUUACAAGGAAGAUGAGGGUAGGUCUUAUCGAGCUACUAUUAUUCUUAAGAAUGGAGUAGUUGUUUAUGAGUUAGUUCAUGCUGAUCCAAUUGGUCGAUCGACUAAGGAAAUACUACGAGUGGUUAAGGCACUUAAGUUCAAUGAAGAACAUGGUGAUAUUUGUCCUUUGGAUUGGAAUGAGGAGGAGGAAGGUAAAGAAGUUACGGCUAUGGAUGGGAUUAAAGUUCUUGAUGAUAGUGGUCGGGCCCGACAAGUAGCUGCUGAAACCAGCAGUACUGAUCCUAGUGGUAAUGCAACUACUGAUGGGUAA